CUGUUCCAGGGGAAAGGCAGACCUCUCCAUCUUUUCCUGCCCCCACCCAAUGCUCUUUGCUGCCCCACAUCCAACGCUCUUUGGAACGGCAGGAAGGAAAGGAGGAAGGAAGCGGCCUGCUCCGGGUUCACAUUCCUGGGGCUGAUGUGAAGCUGAGUUCACCAGGAUCCCAGGCCUGCCGAGGAGACACACCCCAUUCCCUUGGCUUGCUCUGGAGCAGAGAGGCUUUGGAGCCAGCCUGCUGGGCUGUUUGGGCUGGGAAUGUCUCCAGGGCUGCCUUGGACCCUCACCUCCUCUUCCUCAGCCAUCCUGGCCCUGGGCACACCGGCAUCCGAACCGCAGACCUAUAGGACCAUGUUGUAGCCAGCGUUGGGGCUCCUGUGGACCUCCAGAGCUUCCUGGGAUGGUCAGCUGGACUGGUGCGAUAUCAACUCUGCCGCAAUGCUGUUUUAUCAUCACAGUCCACUGGAUGAAGCCGAGGCUAAGAAGGCCUGCGACUGGCUGCGGGCGGCCGGAUUUCCUCAGUAUGCCCAGCUCUAUGAAGAGUCGCUGUUCCCUCUUGACAUUGCUGCCGUAAGGAAGGACCACGGCUUCUUGGACCAGGACUCCCUCCAGUCCCUCUGCAGGAGGCUCAUGACCCUGAACUCGUGCGCCUCCAUGAAACUGGAAGUCCACUUUCAGCGGAAAAAGAAUGAAGACUUGGAAGAUGAAGAGUUCUGUGCCAUCAGCGACCGCUGGGCUUUCCAGAGGGACAGCAAAAGGUGGUCCCGAAUCGGCUCCAACGACCUCCUCUCCUGCAGCAUGGAAAGAGAGCCCACCGCCGUGAGGAAGGUGUCCAGCCAAGAAAGCAUCCUCACAGAUCUCAGCGCCGACCUGGAGGCCACCUCGAUCCACAGCAACACCAGCAUUGGCAGCACUGGGGGGACCCUUCCCAUCAUGGCCUCAUCCCCUGCUCCAUCCUCUGCCCAACCCUCCCCACCCUUAGCUAACCUCAAGCCAAACUUGAGUGACCACUCGCCAACUGACCCCUCUCCCAACCUGAAUGGGAGCAGCAAGGAAAAACCCAAGAAACGCCGGACGCGGAGCUUCCUGAAGAGGAUUGAGUCUCUGAGAAGGAAAGACAAGGAGAAGCUGGACUCCACUAAAGCCCAAGAGGACACCAAGCCACAAAAGAAUUUCUCCUCAAAAGAUUCUGGGGACCCCACGACUGAAAAUGGGUCUUCCUCUUCUUUCUCCAGCAAUAAAAUCCUCAACUCAAUGGGGCAUCGGACUCACCAGGCCUUGGCCGAAAACAAGAGGCCUGGUGACCCCAAACGAGGUGGCCUUUAUCUCGAGGACUAUGACACAGCAGCCCUAGACAAAGACAGGGAUGCAGGACCGUUGGGCUACCCAGACUCAUUCAAAAGGGAUUUUUUGAUCCAUAUCCCUGGGGACUACAAACCUGGCACUUUCCCCAAAUCGCUUUCCAUUGAAAGUUUGUGCCCCCUCGAGAACAGCUGUCUGGCUGACUGGAAAUCCCACCACAAAGCCAUGGGUCAUCCAGCAGGUGGGAUGGUUGGGUCCGGCAGCAGCCACAGUGUGGACAAUAACCCCUUGGCCCACAGGCAGAGGAGACCCUCCUGCUGCUCUACAGGGAGCCGCACCAGCCUCUACGACAACGUGCCCGACUUUGGGAGCGGCAACGACCUCUUCGACCUGGACGGCGAGAAGAUUUACGAGAACCUCGAUGACGUCCUGCAACAUGUUUGGGGGCUGCAGCAAAAGAUAGAGCUGUGGUCCCAGGCGGUGAGGUUGGACCUUGAAGGUGAGAACCUUGGGGUCGAGAUCGGAGAAGAGGAGACGGACUCCGGGGGAGAACCUGCCAACGUGAACUUUGAGGAGCAGUCCAUGUCGGACAUUGGCACUUCCACAAGUGACUUCGAGAGCACCGCCAACUCCUUGAACGAGGCGGAGGACAUUGAGAUGAGGGAACGGAGGGACUCUGGGGUGGGAGCAUCACUCACCAGGCCUUGCAGGAAGCUCCGCUGGCACAGCUUCCAGAAUUCACACCGGCCCAGCUUGAACUCAGCCUCUUUGGAGAUCAACCGCCAGUCUGCGGCCCAGCUGAACCUUCUCCAAAAAUGCUCCCUCCUUCGCCUGACGGCCAUCAUGGAAAAAUACUCCGUUCCCCACAAACAGACCUGGACCUGGACUGUUCCUAAAUUCAUGAAGAGGAGCAAGGCCCCUGACUAUAGAGACAAGAUGGUCUUUGGAGUCCCACCCAUCAUCCAUGUCCAGAGGACAGGGCAGCCUCUUCCCCAGAGCAUCCAGCAGGCCAUGCGCUACAUCCGGAGCCAGUGCCUCGACCAGGUGGGCAUUUUCCGCAAGUCAGGGGUGAAGUCUCGGAUCCAGGCGCUGAGGCACAUGAAUGAAGCCUCUCCCGACAACGUGAACUACGAGGGUCAGUCGGCGUACGACGUGGCGGACCUCCUGAAGCAGUACUUCCGUGACCUCCCGGAGCCCGUCUUCACCAGCAAGCUCACGGAUACCUUUUUACAGAUUUACCAAUUUGUUCCCAAGGAGCAGCGGCUGCAAGCGGUGCAGGCGGCCAUCAUGCUGAUGCCGGAUGAGAACCGGGAGGUGUUACAGACCUUGUUGUACUUCCUGAGCGACAUCGCCUCGGCCGAGGAGAACCAGAUGACCUGUGGGAACCUGGCGGUGUGCCUGGCUCCAUCCAUCUUCCACCUCAACGUCUCCAAAAAGGAGAGCGCUUCCCCCAGGAUGAUUCACAAGAGGGGCACAAUGGGCAAACCUGACCAGAAGGACCUGAACGAGAACAUGGCUGCCACCGAAGGCCUUUCCCACAUGAUUGCAGACUGCAAAAAACUCUUCCAGAUCCCCCAGGAGAUGAUGCUCCAGCUCUGCAGCUCCUACAUGUCAGCCGAUGCUCAGCCACUCACCUUUUCGGAGCUGAUGAGCCGAAGCCUUCUGGGUGAGAGGCAGGAUUCCCAGGACGAGCUGGAAGUCAGCAUCCAAGGGCUGCUGAAGGAGGCCUCGGAGCGCUUCAAGAGUUGGCUCAGCAUGCCUGGCCCCCAGAACACAGAGGUCUCCUGCAAGAAGGUGGGGGACGGACACCCGCUGCGGUUGUGGAAGGUGUCCACUGAGGUGGAGGCGCCUCCACAGGCUGUGUUGCAACGGGUGCUUCGGGAGCGUCACCUUUGGGAUGAGGACCUACUCCAAGGGAACGUGAUUGAGGCCCUAGACAAGAACACAGAGGUGUACCACUAUGUGACGGACAGCAUGGGCCCCCACCCGCGGCGGGACUUUGUGGUGCUCCGGAAGUGGCGGACCGACCUUCCCCGGGGUGGCUCCCUCCUUGUUUCCGUUUCCCUGGACCAUAAGAAGUUGCCUCUGGAAGCCGGAGUCAGGGCUGUGAUCCUGACCUCGCAGUACCUGAUGGAGCCCUGUGGGAUGGGACGCUCUAAGGUGACGCACAUCUGCCGGGCGGAUCUCAGGGGGAGAUCUCCGGACUGGUACAGCAAGGUCUUUGGCCACCUGUGUGCUGUGGAGUUGGCCAGGAUUCGGGAUUCCUUCCCUGUCCUCAACCCAAGUGGUCCAGAAACCAAGAUCUGAAGGUGCUGCCAUCUCCCUACACUGGUCAUACUGGAGCAGGGAGGAGCUGGACGUGAGCAAAGCAGACCUUCCUCCAUGGGGAGCCUAGAUAUCCCCCCCACACACACCUGGGCCUUGCCUCCCCUUGAGAAACAUGGGACUGCUGGUGUUCUUGAAGAAAUUCAUGAGAGGAGCCUCCACCAUGUAUAUGAGAAUCCAUGUCCAUGUUGCUCUUUCCAGAUUCAACAACAUUCAUCAUUGCUAGGAAAGGAUCUGGGAUUCUCCAAAGCGCCAGGGUUCUCCCCUCCUCUGAGUCACUAAUGGAUAAUGGCUAUCAGUGGCCACAAGUCAGGAAGUCUACGUAUUCCCUGUGGCAUCAGAGGCAAUAUAUAAGGGGCUGGAGAGUGUGAGAUGGAGGGUGCAGUUGCACCCCUGUCCUGGGUGUGUUUCCCAUUGGUUGGGCCACUGUCUGGACAGAAGGAUGGACCAGAGACCCAUUUCAGAGGAAAGGAGGAGCAAAGCUGCAGAUGACACACUGGAGGCCAGGUGUGAUAGAGGGGAAGACUUGUAAAGAGGUUCAGGUGUGGUCCAGGGCUAGUGCUGGUUUGGCCAGUAGUAUUGCUAGAAGGUUGUCCUCACUGGGACUGGGAAAAAGCAAUGCUUGAUCCCAUGGAGAGUGGCCACCAGACAGAGUAGCCAGACUGGGCUAGGAGGGACGGUGGUUUCACUCAGUAUAAAGCACAAAUAACCAUCCUUCUGUGACCAGAAAGUGGUCACCAGUGUGAAUCUGCACUAGAGAAUGGCCGCCAGAGGGACUGAGGUGAUGCCUUGGGGAGCUGGAAGUUGAAGAGAAGCAAAUUCUCACCAUGCUUGUAAGUCGAGGGGUUUAGCAUCGUGGUGAACAGGGAAGAAGGUUAGUUGGUGGUCAGGUCUGUCUAGGAGGUAUUGUAGUAUGUGUGUGGUGUGCAUAGCAGUGUUGUUGACACAUAGAAAUAAGCAUAGGUGUAUGUGCUUGUGUUUGUGUUUGUGUGUGUGUUAAUGAAAAAAGGAAGGGAUCAGAUUUGGACAUGGAAGCCAGAAAUGUGUUGUUUGUUGCUCUUAUUGCUGUUGUUUGCCAUCUAGCAAGUGGCAGAAAGCAGGUAACUGGACUCAGGUGGUUCCACAUUUGUGCCUUCUUGGUCUGAUAUAGGCAGAGGUUCUCCUCCAUAGAGGUCUAGUGCAGUGAAUGGCUUCCAGGACUGAUCAGGGUUUCCCAAGUAGGAAUGAGGUGGAGCUGAUGGAGGACAAACCUCACACCUUCCUCUCUUGCAUAGGAUUCCUAAGCCUAAAUGUGCAUAGGAUUUUCAAUUCUGGUCCUCUAAGGAGCUCAGCCACCAGGCCUUUGGACAUCUACCUCUUGGCCUAGCAUUUGAGAGAGCCACUUCACAUACGGAGCCCCUUCCACCAAAUGCCACAAAAGGCCCAUAGUCUAGGACGCGAAGCAUCAUUUAAUGCUGUUGUUGGCAAAGAGCUGGCAGAUGUGGUCCAGUCCCCACAGAUUGGGGUAAGGUGCCGUCUUAGGAACCUGUCCUCUUGCAUAGCUAUAACCAGGUUUGCUACAGAGGAGAAGUUAUGUCGCUGAGGCCUGUAUCCUACUCCGGGUCCCAAGUAGAGCAGAGCCAUUAAAUCGAUGCAAAUUUGGCAAGCAGUUAUUAGUCCCAAUGGAUCUACUCUGGUUGGGAUUAACCUUAAGGCCAAAGGUAACAAUCCGGUUGGUCUGUUCCAACUAGAGUCGCACACUGAACCAAUUGUUCAAUGGCGAGUCAACUUGCAAGUAAACCCAGUUGAUUCAAUGGGUCUCCUCUUGUCAGGAUUGAACUAGGAUUUAAGCCAUAAUAUCUGUUGUGAUUAUGAUGUCCUACACCUUGUAAAGCUAUAUUCUGACUUUGGCUAAUACCGGCCUGUGCGUAACCCAACAUGUUUUUAUUACUAUUAACCAGGGACCCAAUUGACUAGACAGCAUUCCACUGGAAGGCCAGGAACCCUAAUCUGUUAGAGGAUAUAACCGCCUUUUUACACUUGAUCUUUUCAGCUCUUUGUUUAUCCUCCUUCUCUUGUUCAUUUUUUAUGGAAGCAACCUGUAUUCUGUUUGUGGGUCUCUUUAUUUUGGUGUUACUAAUGUCCUGGAGAUGUUACUCGCUAAGCGGUAUAAAUGUUUCCCCUCCUAUCUAUCUAUAAAUAGUGUACAGUUGUCAUAUUAAUUUAAUAUAUAACAUGGGUGUGGUAGCAUUUGGAUGGAAGACGUUCACCAGCGAAAGAGAGAGAGAGAGAGAGAAUGUGUAUUUUGUAUUUAAAAUAAUAUUUUUGUACUAUACUACAAGAGUGUCAAAAGGAAACUGAAAUCCCUCUUUCUUUAUUUGUACAAUAAAUAAAGUACUAACAUGG